UCAAAACCAAACCUCGACACCUUUUUAUUCGACGCCUUCACCUUGGCCUUAAACGCCGAGCAUCCCUAAGUAUAGUGUAUACGCGGCCCCUUGGCUUACAAUUCAGUUCCAUGGCAUUCCUAUGCGUUGCAGUUAUUUAUUCAUUUUAAUGUGGUAGCUGUACGGUAGCAGGGUAGGUAGUUGUCAAGAAUCCCAUCAUCUUCGCGUCUUGUCUACUUCAUCUAGAACCGGGGUUGGUUGUGACAGCUGUCGUUUCUUCAAUAAUGUUAUAACUUCCAAUUACUAGAUCCCUCCAGUCCUUCCUUUGCUCUAUUUCCUUUGUGCGCAGACAGUUCUCUGCCUCUCAAGGCAACUAUCUUCUAGAUGCUCAUCAAGUACCGCCGCUUUAGGCGUAACUACUUGCGCCCGCUCUUCUUCGUCCUAUUCUUCCUCUUCUCUAUCGACGCUAUAUCCCUAAUACGCCACCGUCCCAAUACUUACCGCGAGAACAUAAACGUCGAUCGUCGAUCUGACUCUUCUCUCCCGAGAAAUACCAGCGUAUUCAUCGCAUCGGUACACCGCAACACCGAACCGAUACUGCGAUCAACAUGGAACCAGGCGGUGUUGGAUUUAGUCGACUUCUUCGGUCCAGAAAACGUUUACUUCUCGGCUAUCGAAUCAGGAUCCCAAGAUGAAACGAAAGAGGCGUUGAUGGACUUGAAGGCGGCCCUUGAUCAGAGAUAUGUCUCCAAUACAAUCAGUUUGGGGAUGACGGUUUGGGAACAGUUGGAAGAAAUUGACACUCGACCGCCGCCGGACGCGCGGGAGCCCGGAUGGAUUUGGAAUGCUGCAGAAAGUCAAUUCGAACUGCGUAGGAUACCUUACCUUGCCAAAGUUCGAAACCAAGCAAUGGAACCGCUUAAGCAGCUGCAGAGUGAAGGAAGAGAGUUUGACAAGGUUCUCUGGCUGAACGAUGUUGUAUUUGACACCGAAGAUAUCGUCACACUGUUCAAUACUCGUGACAAUGACUAUGCCGCUGCAUGCGCUAUGGAUUACAAGGUAGCACCCUUAUACUACGACACCUUUGCCCUACGAGACGACCUAGGCCUAAAAACCAUGUCCCUUUAUUGGCCUUGGUUCCAAUCCCCUAUUGCGAGGGCGGCGGCUGAGCGCAAUGCGCCUAUUCGUGUAACCUCGUGCUGGAACGGGAUAGUAGUGUUCGACGCGGGACCCUUUUACGCCAACCCACCUUUACGAUUCCGCGGCAUUGAUGAUAGUCUAGCAGAUCUGCAUCUCGAAGGCUCGGAAUGCUGUUUAAUUCAUGCCGACAACUACCUCACGGCUGAGAAAGGCGUAUGGCUUAACCCAAAUGUUCGCGUUGCCUACGACGUCAAGGCAUAUAACCAGGUUAAGACGGAUCGAUUCCCCAAUCCUUUCUGGACGGUUGUAGGGGCGUGGGUUAAUCGACUGAAUAGCUGGCGCGUCGCCAUCCAAACUCGAUUGGAAACCCGAGUAGUGCAGACUAGAUUAGAACAAUGGAGGUCAGAAACCCCGAAUGGAGGCCCUCAACGGCACGAACCGGGAGAUGCGUGCCUUAUCAACGAAAUGCAGAUAAUGUGGUCAAACGGAUGGAUGCACUUGUAAAGUAGGUACCUAAUAGACCAAAAAACCGGUAUAGACAAAAAGACAUAUAGAAAAAUGCAUUGGGAUAUUAGACAUUGGA